UGCCGCCGGAGAUGGCGGCGGGGGGCGUGCGGCGGCACGGGAGGGCCGGGCCGGGCGGGGUAGUAGCGCGCUGCCGUCUCCCCUCACCCCAUCCGCUGGCGGAGGGGAGGCCCCGGCGCGCAGCCCGGGAGGCCGCGGGGGCCGUGCCCGCUGCCCGCGGCGCUGAGGGCGCGGUGCCGGGCGCUGAGGGAGCCCCGCAGAGGGCGGGCGGCGCUCCUGCGGAGCGCGGUGCUCGGAGCUCUGCCGCCCGGCCGCGCGCUCGUGGCCGUGAUUUUCUGGGUGUGCGGCUCAUGUCAUUUAUUCUAUGCUACUUCUCUCAGUGGAAGGGGAAAGAAAAAAAAGAACCCCUCCCCCGCCAGUGAGCAAGCGCAGAGGAACUUCCUUAGUUUUGUCAAAGCCUCUUCCUGCUUUCAGGCUUUUAUACCUUAUAAGGCAGUUUUCAGUGUCAAACCUGAAGCAAAUCCGUUUUAGAAACUCUUCUUUUUAUUUAGCAGCGCGCCAAAAGGUGAAGAGGACGGGAUGCCGGCGAUGUGCUGCGUGAAGCACGGCCCUUUGGGGAGGGAGCCCCGGGGGUUCGGCCCCUCCAGCCAUGCGCUGUGUGCUGGGUGCCCUGCGGAGCUGCAGCACGGCCUGGGUGCUGCCGGGGGUCACUGGGCUGCUCGCAGCAGCGCUCAGGAAGUGAAAACCACGCGGCAGCCGCUCUCUGCAGUGUGGUUACAUGGAUAGAAUGUUUCGUUUGAGCCCUUGGCGAAGGUUGGGUUCUUAUUGGGAGGAGAAGUACCGGUGUUAUGGGCCCAGCUCUUCCUCUUUGGCUAGCGCUGGUGGUUCUGAAACUUGUCUUUCUGUUUUGGUUCUCGUCAGUCUUCCUGCAAGUAAUGGGGGAAGUUCCUGGGUGAAUGCAGCCUAGGGGUAGAUAUUAGCAAUACGCUUCAGAAAGGAUGUGCUCAUCUGAAACUGAAAGCACAUCCUUGUCUUCUGUUCCAGAGAAUCCAUUUGGUUUAGGAUAUUAGUAAGUCUCUUGCAAGAAGAGCAGCUGUGUAUGUCUGUAAUGUCUAUUUGUUUAAUGUUUGUGUGGAGAAGUCCUAUUUGUAGUUAGAGCAAGAGCAAAACCCUUAAACUUUGUGGGAUAAACACAGCAGGAAUGAGAGCAUGUGGUUGCAUGUACUGGAAGCAUACAGGUGUAAUAUGAUGGCCUGGCCUCUUUUCCCAGGUAAUGAGCAAUAGAAUGAGAUGUGACAGCCUCAAGUUCUGCCAGUGGAGGUUCAGGUUGGAUAUUAGCAAGUCUCUUCUCAGAAAGAGUGAUAAUAAACUGGAACAGGCUGCCCUGGGACGUGAUGGAGCCAAGAGCUAUGGAGAUUUGCUGCUGAGUGACAUGGUAUACGAAGCUCGGAUAUGCCGGUAACACUGAGCCACAGUUCAUUAUUCCUUCCUGUAUUGCUAUCAAAGAAUCAGCAAAAGUGGUUGAUCAAGCACAACGAAGGGUUUUGAAAGGUGUUGAUGAUUUAGACUUCUUUAUUGGAGAUGAAGCAAUAGAAAAACCAACUUACGCAACCAAGUGGCCCAUCCGCCAUGGUAUAGUUGAAGACUGGGACCUGAUGGAAAGGUUUAUGGAGCAAGUAAUCUUUAAGUAUUUAAGAGCAGAACCCGAGGACCAUUAUUUUCUUUUGACUGAACCUCCAUUAAAUACUCCAGAAAAUAGAGAAUAUACUGCUGAAAUCAUGUUUGAGUCUUUCAAUGUUCCAGGACUAUAUAUUGCUGUUCAGGCUGUCCUUGCCUUAGCUGCAUCUUGGACGUCAAGACAAGUAGGAGAACGGACACUGACUGGCACAGUUAUAGACAGUGGUGAUGGUGUCACUCAUGUCAUUCCUGUGGCUGAAGGAUACGUGAUUGGCAGCUGUAUCAAACACAUUCCAAUUGCAGGGCGAGAUAUAACAUACUUCAUUCAGCAGCUGCUGAGGGAGCGAGAAGUAGGAAUUCCUCCUGAGCAAUCCUUGGAAACAGCUAAAGCAGUGAAGGAACGUUUUAGUUACGUUUGCCCUGACUUAGUAAAAGAAUUUAACAAGUAUGACACAGAUGGUACAAAGUGGAUUAAACAGUAUACUGGAAUUAAUGCUAUCUCAAAGAAGGAAUUUACCAUUGAUGUUGGCUAUGAGAGAUUCCUGGGGCCAGAGAUAUUUUUCCAUCCUGAGUUUGCUAAUCCUGACUUCACGCAACCAAUCUCAGAAGUAGUAGAUGAAGUUAUUCAGAAUUGUCCCAUUGAUGUUAGACGUCCUCUGUAUAAGAAUAUUGUCCUCUCUGGAGGUUCAACCAUGUUCAGGGACUUCGGGCGCCGUUUACAGCGAGACUUGAAAAGAACUGUUGAUGCCAGACUGAAACUUAGUGAAGAACUUAGUGGCGGCAGACUGAAGCCUAAGCCCAUUGAUGUACAAGUCAUUACACACCAUAUGCAAAGAUAUGCCGUUUGGUUUGGAGGAUCAAUGCUGGCUUCCACACCUGAAUUCUACCAAGUAUGCCAUACCAAAAAAGAUUAUGAAGAAAUUGGUCCUAGCAUCUGUCGUCACAACCCAGUGUUUGGAGUUAUGUCUUAAAGCUGACCUCGCAGGGGUCAGGGGCAGGGAAGUGGGGAGGAGUCUUUCUGAUUACUUGUUUGUCUGAUGGCCGGUAUUAAGAUAACAAACAUGACUUGACAAUAAGGAAAAGACCAAACACAAUUAAACAAGGUUAUUUUAAUAAGUGUCUCAACAUGCGGAUGUAGUGGAAAGCCAAAAUGAUCACGUUUUUUCUUUAGAUUGAUUAUUUGAACCUGUGCGUAACAAAGUGGAUUUUAGUUCUUUCUGUGCCCUGAUAUUUUGUAUAUUAAUGAAUUAUCCAAGAUUUGAUGGGAUUUGACAGUGUAUAGAUAGUCAGCUCUCUAAUGCUUCAGUUGUACCUUUUCCUGGGUACAAAGCUGGAGUUUGUUUAUAUUUCUUACUUUUUUAUACUUUGAGGAAAAAAAAAAUACGGAUUAAAGAAACUGUAAUAUUUGAGGGGAAAAAAAAAAGAAUUUACCAGUGACCAUCUUAAAAAUAAAUUUAAAAAAAAGUCAUCAUGAUUCAUGCAACUAGUUGUUGCAAAUCACAGCCAAUCUAAGUCCUGGGUUCCAUACAAUACGAGUGCUUUUGGAACUAAGAAGCUCCUAUCUUGGAUUAACCGAUGCCUGCCUAGUGCUUUCUGAUUACUCGGUGCAUUUUCAUUCUAUCUCUUGCUUUAAAAAAAGAAAAAAAAAAGAAAAAAAAGAAAAAAGACAAGACUUGGACCAGUAUUGCAGUUCUGUAGUGUCAUUUCUAAUUAAAACCAAAUAAUCAGGUUAUCAAAAUUGGUGUAUUUAAAGCCUAACACCAUUCCAAUAAAGGCACAAAAUUUCUUUUUA